GACUGCGCCUUGGUGCGGAGUGGAGCGCUCACCUGCACAUCACAGAGUCGCGUAAACUUAGGAGCAGCUGAGCGCUACAGACGGAAGAGUCUGACCCAGCAGAGGAAAGGAGAAGAUUUCACAUACAUUUUUUUUUUUUAAGCGGGAAAAAGAUUUCGAGCUCUCUCUUUUCUAUUUGCGGUCCCUCGCCCAGGCUGCCGUGGCUGUCGCUCCUAUAAGCCCGCCGCCGCGAUGAGGACCGACCUGGCUCUGGUCCUGACAGCAGCCCUUCUUCUUGACACACUGCGGGGGAAUAAUGGUGAGCGUCUUUCCAAAGGUCCCUGUCGACCUGGCUUCUCCCAAAGCUUCUACUCUGUCUUGAUUCCGAGGAAUGUACUGCAAGGCCAAGAUGUGCUUAAAGGUGCAAGUGUGUCAUCGCAGAAAGUAAAGUUUGAUGACUGCGUGGGGAACAAAGCAGUGGUUUUCGAGAGCAGCGAUCCCAACUUCAGUGUGCGGACAGAUGGUUCCAUAUUUACCCAAGGAGCAGGAGCAUCCUUGAAUGAGCUGGUCCAGUUUAAACUAACAGCAAGUGGUCCUUACUCUCAAGUCUGGAAGACUGUGAUCCAGCUGGCACUGAUAGACCCCCCUUCACAUCAACAAAAUGAGAAUGAGGUCACAACCGAAGAGGGGAAGGUUGCUGAGAGGACAGAGAAGAAGGAAACAUACCAAGCUCCGCCUCCUAUCAUCAUGUUUUCAGGGGGCAACCGGAAUAGCUCCAAGGGUCUACGAAGGCAAAAGAGGGACUGGGUGAUACCACCGAUCAAUGUUGCUGAAAAUUCUCGAGGACCGUUCCCUCAGAUGCUUGUCAGCAUUCGCUCAGACCAAGAUCAGGACAUCUCCAUCCGAUACAGCAUCACUGGGGUGGGAGCAGAUCAACCACCGAAUGAGGUCUUCAACAUCGACCCUGUGCUUGGAAAGAUGUUCGUUACCAAACCUCUGGACCGAGAACAUCGGUCAUCUUAUCAUCUGCGAGCACAUGCUGUGGACAUGAAUGGGAAUAAAGUGGAGAACCCCAUUGAUCUGUAUAUUUUUGUUAUCGACAUGAACGACAACAGGCCAGAGUUCAAGAACCAGGUGUACAACGGAUCGGUGGAUGAAGGCUCCAAACCAGGAACCUACGUAAUGCAUCUUUCUGCCUUCGACGCUGAUGACAACACUACGGCAAACGGAAUGGUGCGCUAUCGAAUCCUGUCCCAGAUGCCACACAGCCCCAUCCCUAACAUGUUCACUAUCAAUAGUGAGACUGGGGAUAUUGUGACAGUUGCGCCUGGUCUCGAUCGAGAGAAAGUGUCCCAGUAUACUAUAAUUGUUCAAGCCACAGACAUGGAGGGCAACCUGAAUUUUGGCCUGUCCAACACGGCAACUGCCAUCAUCGCCAUCACGGACAUCAACGACAACCCCCCCAUGCUGACCUCCAGAACGUUUUCCGGUGAGGUUCCUGAGAAUCGUGUGGAUGUUGUGGUGGCUAAUCUGACGGUGAUAGAUGCCGACCAACCGCAUUCUCCGAACUGGAACGCCAUUUACAGGAUAAUCAGUGGAGAUCCGUCUGGCCUCUUCAACAUUCGCACUGAUCCCGUUACCAAUGACGGCAUGGUGACUGUGGUAAAGCCGGUCGAUUUUGAGAUGAACCGAGCCUUCAUGCUUACAGUGGUGGUGUCUAACCAGGCCCAUCUGGCUAGUGGAAUUCAGUCCUCCCUCCAAUCUACGGCAGGGGUAACCAUAUCUGUUCAGGACGUCAAUGAACCCCCCUAUUUCCCCACAAACCCAAAACACAUCCGAUUUGAGGAGGGUGUUCCGGCCGGCACGAGUCUGACGACCUUCUCAGCCUCAGAUCCCGACCGACUACAAAUGCAGCAGACAAUCAGGUACUCCAAGCUGAAUGACCCGGCGGACUGGUUAUCCAUCAACAGAACUAACGGUCAGAUAGUUACCACAGCUACUCUGGACAGAGAGUCUGUCUACGUCAAAAACAACAUAUAUGAAGCCACAUUCCUGGCGACAGAUAAUGGCUCUCCUGCAGCCAGCGGCACCGGCACGCUGCAGAUCUACCUGAUAGAUAUUAACGACAACCCCCCAGCACUUAUACCCAGGGAGUCUCAGAUCUGUGAGCAAAUGAACAAGAAUGCCAACGGUGUCAAUAUCACUGCUGCUGACGCCGACACUGACUCUAACGCUGGGCCUUUUGUCUUCGAGCUGCCCUCGUAUCCUUCCAGCAUCAGACGCAACUGGACAAUUACGCGGAUAAGUGGCAACUACGCCCGCCUGAGUCUGAGAUACCAAGUCUAUUUGGAGCCGGGCAUGUACGAGGUCCCAAUAACUGUGUCUGACUCGGGAAACCCAACCUUGUCCAACAGGUCGGUCAUCAAAGUGAAAGUGUGUCCAUGUGAUCAAAACGGAGAUUGCACUACAGCGGGUGCUGUGGCAGCCGCCGGCUUGGGAACCGGAGCCAUCAUCUCUAUUCUGAUCUGCAUCAUCAUUCUGCUCAGCAUGGUGCUGCUGUUUGUGGUGUGGAUCAAGCGCAGGGAGAAGGAGAGACACAUUAAACAGCUGCUCAUUGACCCGGAGGAUGAUGUCAGAGACAACAUCCUGAAAUACGAUGAAGAGGGAGGGGGAGAAGAGGACCAGGACUACGACCUGAGUCAGCUGCAGCAGCCUGACUCGUUGGAGCACAUCAUCAGCAAGCCUACAGGUGUCCGCAGGGUGGAUGAACGGCCCAUCAUCCCAGAAUCCCAGUACCCAAUCAGACCAGUCGUGCCCCACCCCGGAGACAUCGGGGACUUUAUCCAUGAGGGUCUCCGAGCAGCUGACAAUGACCCCACAGCACCACCUUAUGACUCGCUGCUGGUGUUUGACUAUGAGGGCAGCGGCUCCACUUCUGGUUCUGUCAGUUCUCUCAACUCUUCUAGCACCGGAGAGCAGGACUACGACUACCUCAACGACUGGGGACCCCGCUUCAAGAAGCUGGCCGAGAUGUACGGCGGGGGGGAGGAGGAUUAAAUCACACACACUCAUGCACUCGUCUUAUCAGCUGGCUUGCUAUGUCCCGCCAACACCAGGGCUGGCAACAAGUUCACACCGACUGACCAACAUUCGGACUACCUGCUCCAGAGGUCGGGCACCGUCUGACUGACACAGAAGCUCUGAGUUAUCACAAUUUGUAUUUUCAAACUUUCAUGUGAAGUUUUAAGCCAGGCUUUAGUCGCUUCUGUCUGAUUUUCUUUUUUUUUUGUGACUUAUUUUUUUUGUUCUCUUCACUCCACAACAAGAGUCGUUCCUUACUCCUCAAGGUGUUCACUUCCCUCUAGCUGUCAGCCCCUGUCUGCCUCUCUGCAGAAGCUUUUUGGUUUCAGCCUCUUUGUCUAGGGGGUAGCAAAAAGGAACAAGAACCCAGAUAUGACAGUCCCUCCUGUGUGAGGCCUCUGGUUUAUUCUCUCUUGAACUUGAAUUACUUAGAAUAGAAGCACUGUUGUUUAAAAAAAAAAAAAAACGAAAAGAAAAAAAAGUGCCUUCAGUGGUGCAUAUUUUAACCGACUCCCUCUAACUCAGGAUAAGUUGCCAUUUUCUGGGCGUCUGCGCCUUCAUUUACCCCUGACCCUUUAACUCAGACCUUUCCAUCGUGCUGCAGGGCUGUGCUUUAGCUGCAGUUUCAGCUAUGACCAGCGAAGGCGGGUGUUAUGUAAGACAUACCGGACAAAUCAGUACAUGUUGAUGGCAGCCAAGUUGAAUAUGAUUGCAUAAAUCACACAAAUACGAGAUGG